UGUGUUCUACAUGCGCACAGACUCGCUGGGUUAACAAGACUGGCUGAGAUUCGGGUCACUAAAGGGCGGAAAUAGCUGGCUAACGCUGGCUAAUAAAUAGAUUAGCUGCUGUUGCUAAGAAAAUAUAUAUCAAAACAAGCCAAGAAAAUAAAUGAAACGACUACUUCAACAUAUGUGAACUUCUAUUCGUCUCCACUCUGCUAGCUUGUUGAUUUAGCUACCUUUCAUUAUCAAGUACGACGUCCUCCAAGGAGGUUUUAGGAAACUCCCCGGAUGGACACACAGAAGGCCGCAAAGCGGGAGAAGCAUGUGUAGACAAAGCUAGUGUUGGUCAAGUAGCUAAUCAGUCUCAUUAUAUCAAAUUCAGAGAUUGUAUCAACACAAAUUCACAGAUAUCUCGCAUAUAACAUAAAAAUGUUUGGUUCAUCGAGAUCUGGAGGUGUGAGAGGUGGACAAGAUCAGUUCAACUGGGAUGAUGUGAAAGGCGACAAACACAGGGAAAACUACUUGGGCAACUCUCUCAUGGCCCCAGUAGGCCGAUGGCAGAAGGGUCGCGACCUAACUUGGUAUGCCAAAGACAAGCACGGCAGAGCAUCAGUAUCAAAGGAGGAGGAGCUUGCUGCUGUGCGGGAGGCCGAACAAGAGGCUUUGAUGGCCGCCUUAGGUUACAAGAAUUUGAAAAGACAACCAACUGGUCUGACCAAAGAGGAUUUGGCGGACGUGUGCAGGAGGGAGGGGGCAGCAGAAAGCGACGGCAGAGACGUGGACCGCGUUUCAGGUCUCGGCAGCUCGGGUUUGGGAUCAAGAAGAGUGAUGAUGUCCAAGCAGGAGAAGGAAGCAGCAAAAAUGGGCUUGCCAGUUUUCACACAUCAUAAACCCGAAGGCCAUCAGGAAGUUUCCAGCAUCAAGACUUCAGACACCAAAAACCAAGAAACUGAUGAACUAAGACACGAGAGCAAAAAGAAGGGCAAAAAGGAAAAGAAGAGUAAGAAGGAGAAAAAGAAGAAGAAGAAGAAAGAGAAAAAGCUUAAGAAGCAGUCAUCAUCCUCGGGGUCGGAAUCGGAGGACGAUCUGAAAAGGAGGAGAAAGGAUGACUACCGCCACCACCGCCAUCAUCAUCAGGAUCAUCAUCCAUCAUCGAGCCGGCAGACUGGAGCCAGGCUCCCUGACAGCCAUUCACCGGGCGGGGCAAAGGCCGAGCCCCGCCCCCGUCCCCGCUGCUCGCGCUCCCCCUCCCCCUCCCGGCAGCGGCAGCGCCACGACACGGACUCUUCCUUAGACAGGGGGUCCCCCGCCCCUCGGCACAGCACCAGCCGCCGGCGAGCCGCCCCAUCACCCCUGGGCCUGGGCCACAAGCGGCGCCAUGAUACCGACUCUGACUGACCGGGCCCCGCCCACCGCCGGGAGGAGUCCCGGGAGGGCGUCCAAUCAGAAGGCUCCCUCGGCAUCAGUCAUUCUUACAGCGCAAACGCGUGUGAAAGAGUUCAAUCCACAAUCCGCAGCACAGCGUGCGCAUCAGGGCUCAGCAGCUAGCAUUCAGGAGGACAUUGGCCAGAAGGACACAGCGUGAGUGUGCUCUGUGUACAUCGUGUCACCCAGUCACUGAUUCAGGAUCAGCCAACUCAGCCUUAUUUAUGUCUAAUUCCUUUUGUGUAUUUAGCCUGAACUGACCCAGUGCCACUGCUUGGGUAAGUUAAUUUUUAACAAGGAUACAUAAUGGCCCCAGGCAAAUAAAUUGUCUUGAGCCAUUAUCUGUCAAGAGGUAAUUGCCAGUGUGGUGGCAGUAAAGCUGGUAUUUCCCAUCUUAGUUUAGAUAUUUCUUUUUAUGACUGUGAUUAGGCAUUAUUGUGAUUUGUGUACUUCUUUUUAGAAGUUUGUGCCCUCUGAACUUCAGAUAUUUCAUCUACAGAUUUUAAACCUUUUUAAAGAAAAGCCAUGAAUUUAGCAGCCAGCAUCCAGUGUGGUCAUCAUUUUUCUGUACAUUCUCCACAUUGAACCCAUGAGGCUUCAAAGCCUGUGUAAUUAACAUCACGGUUUCAGACUAAAAUCUUGUUUUGGGGUGAA